GCGAACAACAAUUUGUAUAGGUUAGGUUAACAGAGAGUCGACGGCUGAAUGAUCGAUUUUGAAAAAACAGUUUUAAAUGGUUUUAAAAAACGAUUGGAAGGAUACAUAAGAACGGUGUUUAGCGAACGGUUUACAAAAGAUACAACUUAAUUACACUUUUUGUGCAGGGUCACGAAUAUAAACUAAGAAAAAUUCCAGUGAAUUUAUAUUUAAUAUAUUAACUACAUAUUACAUAUACAUAUUAAAUAAUUUCCUAUGUGUCCCUAGCGUCAUAAAGAAUGGGAAAGAAAAGAAAUAUUCAGCCACCACCAAUAAUGCCAGGACGGAUAAAAGUGGAAAUAAAAGAUGAAAUUGGGGAUAGCGAUGUUGUUAUAGCAAGGGAUCGAUUAAAAGGUGCUCUUCGAGAAUUGUUACAACAUAGUGAUACAAGUACAUCUGAUUCGGGUGAUGAUAGCUCUCAGGAUUAUAAAUUUCCCACAAAAAAAAUGACGAAAUCUGUUAAUCCUCAACAACCACGGAAAGUUAGACGUCGUCGACCAAUACAGGCUGACACAGUAUUUCAUCAUACAUACGUAAUGAAACUGUUUGAUCGUAGUGUUGAUUUAGCUCAAUUUCAAGAGGACACGCCACUUUAUCCAAUAUGUCGUGCUUGGAUGGCUAAUCAACCAAGAAACCCUAAUUUAGUCCCCAAGGUGCGUAGUCCAAGUCCAGAAAUAAUUAAUGAAAUUAGCAUAACAGAUAAUUUAAUUAAUGCUGAUGGUGAAAUAAAUGAUGUCCAUUAUUUGCCACCACCUUUGCCUCGUGAAGAGGCAAUACCAAGAAAUCGUGUUCCAUCCCCUAUACUUGGAGAUAAGGAUGAUUUGAACUUAGAUUACGACGGACAGAUUCUCAAGUCGCGAGAGGAAUUAAUGAAGGACCAUAUUGUACGGUGGAAUGCCAUACGCAAAAAAUGGCAUAAGCAAGCGCAUAAAAAUGAACAACGUUAUUUACAGAGUGCUAAUAUACUUGGCACUAUUUUUACAAAGGCACAAUCGGAAUUUGAAUAGCAAGAAUGUGGCAGUCAAACGACUGCCGUUUCUUCCAAUAAUUCCGUUGCUGGUAACUUUUAUUACGUCAUCAGGGAGUAAUUUCUUAUUUGUUAUUUUUCUACAUAUUGGUGAAUGAAUGCGUAACUAUACUUAUACAUUUCUUAUAUAACUGCAGAUUUUUUUUUUUUCAUUUAUAAUGCCCACAAGAAAAAUAUAAUCAUGUUUUAACAAUAUUCCGAUAACGAUAAUACAUUAUCUGAUCUUAACACAAAAAGUAUUUGUGAUGCAUUUAUAACCACUUUUCUUUUAAUAAAAAUAAUAGAAUAUAA